AAUUUAGGCAUCUGUAAUGAAUAUCCCUUUCUUGGUAUGAGGAGGUAGUAGCAAAAUCACAGAACUGGAACGUCCAUCAUGGAGAAGCUGAAAAGUUCCUUGACCAAGACAUUAAAGGAUCUUGGCAGUUCUUUUUCGGAAGAUGUCAACAUGGAUGAUAUGACCGACUUUGUACCAUCGCCAUAUGAAGGUGCUUCGUCCAGCUGUGGCCAAGAAUCUAGUGCCGAGUUAGCGGAGAAGAUUCCCGUUCGAAACGUCAAAAACUCUGCUCCAGUGAGUGACGAUGACAUUAUUGACAGUAUCGAUGCAGCUUACUUCAUAGAGGACGAUUUUGAUGCCAUCGAUUAUGAACUGAAGAAACUUGCCGGAAUUGACCUGGUUUUAGAAGACGUAGUUCGUGAACGACUGCGACUAAAAUCACAGUUACAAGUAGUGUCGAGGAGAAUAUCAACUUUGAUCAUGGAGAAGUCGCCAUCAUAUGGGUCUCAACUUGAUGACAUGGAUAGUAUAAGAGACAGUUUGAAAGAUUUGGUAGUUCUCGUUCGGACUAUACGACGGGCGCUUGCUGGUGCACACUACAAGAGCCGAAAUGCCCUUUCUAUACUCGCGAAUGAGAAGAAGAAGCGGAUGCUCAAAUCAUUGAUGUACACCUUGCGCAUAAUAAAGACCCUGUAUGAGACCGAAUUUCACCUCAAAGAUUCCAUAGAGGAUGGGAAUUUUCCUCUAGCUAUCAGGAUCUGUUUGGAGGCAAAAGAGGCUGCUAAUACUUACAGGCAUUUCUGUUGUGUUAGUGACCUGAUGACGAAGUUGGUCGGUACCACCAAUCUCAUCGAAAAUGCUCUUGACAACGCUUUGGCCAGCCAUACUGUGGUCUUCGAUCAAGACCGUUAUGCUUCUGUUUACUCGGCCUAUAUCAUGCUGAAUAAAGCGGAGCUAGCUUCGAAGAAGCUGAUCGGACACUUUGUCACUACGCUGAGAAAGUCCGCGCGCAAAAUCGUCGAGGAAAAAUGUGGAGGAUGUCAUGAUAGUAGAAAAAAUCUUAGCGAUUUUACUUUCGAGCAUCUAUGUGAGCGCAUCAGCAGGGAGCAAGUUGUCCCCACUGUUAGAGAACUCGGCUACGUCAUGUGCAAAAUUCUCUGUAUUUACCACUACAUUCUGCGGUUUCACACAGAAGAUGACGAACAAAGGCGAAUGAGCAACAAUGGCGAAGAUUCCAUGUUGGGAGUUGUUGCAAAUCAUAUGGCGUCAUCCAUGCACAGCGUUUUCCGGGUAGCUCUGAUGCAAAUGAACUCAUUACUAUGCUGCCAAGACUUCUCGGCUUUGAAAUUCGAUCAACUUCUUGAUAUUGUGGACAUGACGAACAGGUUCCGAUGCUUUGGUCGCACAUACUUCUCUCAUGCGUCCAAUGAACUAAAUGCAUCAUUGGAAAAGCAAGCAGGAUCAUACUUUACCCGCUACCAUGCAGAAAGAAUGGAAGAACUACGCAUGUUCUUGGAGAAUGAGUGCUUUACCAUAUGUCCGGUAUCACCGCAGUUCACCAUAUUCGACCUUCAGGACUUCUCAUUCUUGGAGGAGCUGAGAAAGCAGAAAGCAGAUUCGACAGCAUCUACUAGCGACACAGCGGAGCAAAAUGGUUUCAAACCGAUCCCAGCUCAAUUUGUCAAUCCUUUUGCUAGCACUGAACUGGAGUCAAAAAGGCAAUCUCAGCGCAACUCACGGUCGACUGAUGAUAGGGAUGACCCACAUGAGGAAGGCAAUUGCAGUGAGGAGGAGGAAAUUGAAGCAGCUCCGAAUUUAUGCAACACAGCUCUCACGCUCUUGCGGUUUUUCGGAAGAUAUAUGCGCAUGACGUCACUGUUAUCCUCGAUAGCUGAGCAUUCUGUGCCUGCCCUUACCCAGCUAUUCGAAUAUUUCUUUUAUUCUAUAUGUCUAUUUUUUGGAUCAGACGGGUCAGAUAACAUGGAAACUUCUCUUAGGAUAAAAUAUGUUCUUGAAGAUAUCGAGCUACGUCUACUAGGAAAUGGAAAUGAUCAUGCCGUGGACUUGGGACGACUCACUACGCCAACACCAUGUUCAGGAUUAAAUUUGAGUCACGUGGACGAAUUAUUCGGAGCGGUCGAACGGGUCGUAGGCGUUGAGUCCUUGGAAUUCGUAGCUCGCCAACUAGACCUUGUUCGCCCAGUCAUGGAAUCUUUGACAUGUCCAACAGAUGAAAGUACGCUGAGACAACUAGACGAGUUUUACGCAAAGAUAGUUUCUGUUGUGCCGGAGACACGGCUCAUGGUGUUUGAUUGCGUUGCAAGCCGUGCUCUGAAAUUGCCUGUUCUUAUUGCGGCAGUUUCAAACACAAAGUGGGACAUAAACGAAUUGCAAACUCAACAUAGCAAUUACGUCGACUUUCUUGUCAAGGAUUUUGAGGCUUUCGCACUUCGUCUGGAUCACAUUGCUGGAUGUUUCAAUCUUAGUGAAUCUAUACGAAUUUUUCUAUGGGACAGAACAAUCUAUUACACUUUCAAAGCGUUAGUGCAAGGCUACUGCGAAGGAGGAAAGUGCUCAACUGAAGGUCGUGCGCUGAUGCAGUUGGAUUUUCAGCACCUAUUACUGAAGCUUGAGCCGCUAUGUAAUCUUCAUCCGGUUCCACACACUGCCUUUGUCGAUGGAUAUAUCAAAGCAUUUUAUCUUCCUGAAAACGGGUUGGAGGAGUGGAUAACCAAACACUCGGAGUACACGGCGAAGCAAAUGAUUUCACUUCUUGGUGUCGCUACACAUGUAUCCAAGAAAGCCCGAACAAGAAUAAUCAAUGCUCUAAACGACUAAGAAAUUUUCAUCUUGGUUUUUCUUCCUUUUCAAACCGGAAAGGGGAAUGCAGCAUUGAAGGCACCAUCAAUAUCUUGUCCUUUUUUUCUUCAUCACAGGGGUUUGGCUUUCACGCCAACAACUUCGAGUUUGAUCGAGGUCUUUAUCCAUUUUCUUGUUCGAUUCAUCCUCAUGUAGAUAUUGGUCCCAUGCAGUUUCAAUCUAGUCAUUAAGUUCUUCCAAAAGGUUCUAUAUUCUGAAGUUCUAAACUUUUGCAUUUUCUGUG